AUCGUAUACAGUACGAUGGGCCAGAAGUGGACACCAAAGGGCAAGCAUUGCUACCUCACUGGUGCAUCGCAAGGCCUUGGUCUGUGCGCGGCACUGCAGCUGGUGAAGGAUGGCGCGAACGUGUCUAUCGUCGCACGAGACCAGGGCAAGCUGGAUGUAGCGCUGAAGAAGAUGGAGGCAGCACGCGUCUCACCUUCACAGAAGCUCGCCGCCUAUUCACACGAUAUCUCCACCGCCGCUGGAGCCCAGGCGGCGCUCGAAGCCGUAUGUACUCCCUUCGCUGGCCAGGCACCAGAUGCCGUCUUCUUGUGCGCGGGGAAUGCACGCCCACUGUACUUCGUUGAGGCCAAGGAGGAGGACUUCAAGUCCCAGAUCGGGACGCUGUAUUUCACGGCGCUAUGGAGUGCCUGGGCUGUGGCGAAGCUCAUGGUAUGCCAAAAAGUGAAGGGGAAGAUCGUCUUUGUCUCCUCGACUCUGGGCCUCAUGUCCUUCGUCGGCUACGCACCCUAUGCACCCAUGAAGUUUGCGAUUCGUGGAUUGGCCGAUACCCUUCGCUCCGAGUUCCAACUCUAUGGUAUCUCUGUGCACAUCUAUUUCCCGGCCGGCAUGUUCACCCCAGGAUACGAGGAAGAGAACAAGGUCAAGCCUGCGAUUACGAAGAAGAUUGAAGAACAGGAUAAGGCAUGCCAACCAGAGGAGGCGGCAGCAGUCUUGAUCAAGGGUGUGAAGAACGGCACGUACUCUAUUGCAGGCGACUUCAACACCAUGGUUUUCCGUGCCACAACCCAGAGCUCGUCACCGUUUGGGAACAUCUUUGUGAAGUUCGCGUUUGAGGUAAUUGGUUGGUUUGGUGUCCCGAUAUGGCGGUGGGGCGUCGAUGCGGACGUGCGCAAGUAUGCACCAGAGCAUGAGGCAUAUCUCAAACAGAAGGGUUUUUUUGAGAAUGAGGGGAAAUGAGCUAAGAUGGUUCCCUUGCACAAUACCAUAUACCCCGCUACAUAAUGACUUACCGUUGGCGUGCAACAUCGCAAUACCCGUAUUCUUCUUGCACAUAAUAGAU